AUGUCCGACCUCCAUCUUGAAGUCGGUCAGCAGUAUCUCACCUUCGACUUUGACGUCACCGCUCCUAAUCUCAUUCUCGCUGGAGACAUUGGCCGACUCAUCGACUACGAGGGCUACAUCUCGUUCCUGCAAAAACAAACCGUCCGCUACGAGCGCGUAUUCCUAAUUCUUGGAAACCAUGAGUUCUACGGUCUGUCUCUCGAGGCUGGGCUCGCGAGAGCAAGGGAGCUCGAAAAUGAGUCAGUUUUGGAGGGCAGGAUGAUCCUACUUCAGCAGAAAUCCUUCGUGUUCGAUAUUGAGAGAGUUGCCGUUAUUGGCUGCUCUCUUUGGUCAUUCGUUCCCCGGGACUCGGCUCGUGCGGUGCAGGCUGUUGUGAACGACUUCAAGAAGAUUGAGAAUUGGAGUAUAGAAAAACACAAUAGCGCCCACGCCGAGGAUCUUGCAUGGCUGCGGAAGGAGGUACAGCUUCACCAGCCACACACGAAGGUCCUCAUAGUGACGCAUCAUGCUCCACUCAUCGACAAGACGGCCAGUCCGCAACACAAGGACAGCCUGGUCAAGUCGGCAUUUGCUACAGACGUGUUGUCUAAUAUGAGAGGGGGGGCUUGGAGUUCAGUCAAGUAUUGGAUAUUUGGGCAUACGCACUGGACCACGCAACUCAAGGUGAAGGGCAUACAGGUAGUGAGCAAUCAGCGCGGUUAUGUCUUCCCGGAGAGCAACUUACACCUGAAAUUGGAAACUCAGGCGCCAAAUCACAUGUUUGAUUCAAAGAUCGCAAAGGUCUCCUGGCGGUCGACAAAGCAAAAGAUGGAGGCUGGACGCCCGUAA